UCUGAGUAUUCAUGUCCGGUGUAUACAGUGGUGUGGUGCCUGACGUGAUUAACAAAAAUGCUGAUUCCCCAGGCGAGACUCCGCUUGGCAAGAAUACGAUGUCUGCAAGAAUGCAUCGACUGUUUUAAUACAAGGAAAUGUCUCCCUGAGAGUUUGUGCUACGUCCCUGCUGAACUUGUGUACCAUUCACCACACAAGACAUCACUGACACUGACAGAAGAAGGCACCAAGAAAACUCGUCAGUUCUCGUGCACACCAGAAUCUCGUUUGUACGUCAGUGGCGAGGAACUAUGCGACUCUCAAGGUAAAUGGAUAAAAGUGAAAAAGAUUCAAGCGUCACCUAGCUCAGAAGCUGAGGUGUUUGACACUGAUAUGUGGCUCCUGCUGUUCAGCAGUCGAAGUUCAACAGAAGACGCACCCACGGUUGUACCAGCCCCCUCAACCCCGACCACGACCCAGGGAUCGUCUGCUACAGACCAAGUAAAACCUGAAAAAAAUGUUUCAACGUGGCAGGAAGUGGUUGAGCAACAGUACAUGCUGCAGUUUCCAGCAUGCACCAAGACCAUUACAGAACCAGACCGUGACGCUGUGGCCAGACUGCAAGCUCUUCCACCAGGCUGGACUCUAGAACAUGAUGAGUCUCUUGUCAACUUCAUGUCACAACAUCUUCCCUCUGAAAAUGACCAGCUAGGUAGCAUGAAAAGCUAUGUGGAAUCCAUAGAUGUAUCUUCUUACUGUGAUGAAGAUGGACCACUGAAUCUGACUGAUGGGGAUGCUGACACAUUUUGGGAAAGUGAUGGUAACCAAGGGCAACAUUGGAUACAGCUACGGAUGAAGAAAGGAACCAUUAUUAAAAAAUUAAGCAUCACUGUUGAUGGGUCUGAUGAUAAUUAUCUGCCGUCACGUCUUGUAAUUCAAGGUGGAGAACAAGAUAAUCUAAAGAUCCUCAAUACAGUAACCAUUGAGAAUACUGUGAGUGAUCAACAGGAUGUUGCUCUGCUGGGCACCAUGACAGAACAUUAUCCCAUCGUCAUGAUCAGGAUCAAGGAAUGCAAGACUGGUGGAAUAGACACCAGAAUUCGUUCCAUCAAGUUAGUAUCUACUGAAGAACGAUCCCUUGGAUUUGACAGAGAUUUUUUUGGUAGGGAGAAUCUGGUGAGAUUUCCUCUUCUUGACUCAUACAACCCUGACCAACUGUACAGAAGGUCCAUUUGCCUCCAGAGAUUCAUUACAAUCCUUGACAGUGUUCUUCAGCAUCUGGUACCAUCUUGGCAAUUCUCAAUAGGAUCGUACAACUCUCUGGAAAUAGUGAGACAACUUCUUCCCCUGUCAAAGAAGCGCCUGUCUCUGAUAGACACCUUCCUGAAGGCAUCUGCUACAGAACCACCAGAGAAGCCAGUUGUGUAUGUGAACCGAAGGGCAGCUAUGGAACACAGAUGUGAACCUCAUCUAGACACUGACUACAAAAAUUCAGUGUUCAUGCAAUUGUAUGAAGGGCUUAAGCCACGAGAACGCUCAUCUGACCCUCUGGAUUAUAGAUGGUCUGCUCGUCAUGACCAAUGGUGGGAGUGUAAAUUCCUGUCAGAAGGGAUCAUUGAUCAAGGGGGUGGAUUCAGGGACAGUCUGUCUGACCUAGCAGAAGAGCUGUGCCCAACAUCCAAAGAUGGACCAGUCUCUCUGCCAUUCUUCAUCCGAGCACCAAACCAAACCCAGGAAGAUGCUAGUGUCUCUUGUGAUGUUUACAUUCCAAACCCGCAAUGUCAGGAGUUUGAAAAGUAUGAGUGGCUUGGCCAGAUUAUGGGAGCUUGCUUCCGAGGACGUGAAAGCCUGAUUCUCUCACUCUCUGCCUUUGUUUGGAAGAAGCUGGUAGGAGAAAAUGUCACUUGGGUAAAUGACUUUCAAACUGUGGAUGCAGCUGAAGUGAAGGUUAUCAACACCAUUAAAACAAUGGAUGAACAGACAUUCUCUGCCCUUGAGAGACAGUGGAGCCUCACUCUGAGCGAUGGCACAAGCGUCAGCCUCAAAGUUGACUCAGACGGAAAUCCUCUGUCACUGAAAUAUGAAGAUCGGACAGACUACUGCAGAGAAGUUCAGAAAAUCAGAAUGGCAGAAAGUGACCAACAGAUCCAGGCACUUCAGAGAGGGUUGCUGAAGACCAUUCCAAAGGCUGUCCUUGACCUUCUCCCAUGGCAGGAACUAGAAACACGGGUGUGUGGAGACCCGGACAUCACCAUUGAGGCUCUCAAGAGGGCCACCCACUAUGACGACAUGGAGGAGACCGACAUUAGAGUCAAGUACCUCUGGGAAGCAUUGAAGAAGUUUACAAACGAGGAUCGUAGUCGGUUCCUUCGCUUUGUGACUGGUCGUCGUCGACUCCCAGCUCCACUGUACAUAUCUUCAGGAAAAGGGGACGCUAUUGACUCACUGCCGGAAUCUUCCACAUGUGCCAACAUGUUAUAUCUUCCCUAUUACUCAAAUGCCAAGUUGGCAGAGGAGAAGCUACGUUAUGCUGCAUACAACUGUAUAGCAAUUGAUACAGACAUGAAUCCAUGGGAAGACUAAUUGUCCCUUGUGGACGAGUCCACAAUCAAAUUCAUUAGCCAAGACUUCUCAGUUUUGUCAAGGAAGUAGAAUCGAAUGAUGUUAGUCCUUACUGACUAGCUGGAUUUGAGGUCUGUUUUUUUCAAUACACUGUUUUCAGUGCUUUUUGGUGGGGUCUAGCUUGAACUGUAUAAAACUGACAGAAAAUGUAAAUACUUUUGUUGCUGUUUCCAGUGCUCUUUGGAGGUGAGGGAGGGACAAACUGGAACUGUAUAAAACUGAAAGAAAC